UGAACGGAACAGGCUUGUAACCCUGUAACUAAAGCAAAGGCGUGGUAUGCUCAUUUAGGCAUGUUGUUCCUUCGCGACUAAAAGCUGUCCUUAAAUCAUCAACCUCAACGAGCUUGAUUACGGCUACAAUCGUGCACAACAACACAAGAUGAUGCCAACACUCUUGUCUGUUGGGCUUUUUGCCUAUUUUGUCUCUCUAGUCUCCGCAACUGCUCUAACCUACAAGAUCAACGCCAACGAAAAGGCUUGCUUCUUCGCUGCGCCUGAGAAGAAAGGUGCAAAGAUCGCAUUUUACUUUGCUGUCCAAUCUGGAGGAUCUUUCGAUAUUAAUUACGAAGUUACCGGUCCCGGAGGCAAGGUCAUUCUGGAUGGAGAGAAGGAGCGUCAAGGUGAUUUCGUCUUCACAGCCAACGAUGUCGGCGAAUAUAAGUUCUGUUUCGACAAUGACAUGAGCACCUAUUCGGAAAAAUUUGUCGACUUUGAGAUUGCUGUCGAGGAUGAAGUGCGAGCUCAGCUGCCGUCUAAGCAAGGGUCAACUCCCGAACAAACUUCAGCCCUUGAGGAAUCUAUAUACAAGGUGUCUAGCCAACUGUCCACGAUUUCGCGAAACCAAAAGUACUUCCGCACGCGAGAAAACCGAAACUUCAGUACCGUCCGAAGUACCGAGUCGCGAAUCGUUAACUUCAGCUUAGUCCAAAUCUGCAUGGUGAUCUGCAUGGGCGGCCUGCAAGUCUUCGUCGUCCGGUUCUUCUUCCAGGGCGCAAGGAAGGGUUAUGUGUAAAUGAAGAUUAUGAAGGAUCAAGGCUAGGACUGGUUUUGCGGCGUAUAUUGGAAGACCGGUUGGUAUUUACACCACACGUAUGCGUAAUGUAUCAUAGGGGUCAAAAAGGGGGGUGUUACGAAGUUGAUCGAUCACGAGCUCCUAUAACUUAUAUAGGGUGAAGUUUUGAAAUAUUCUUACUCCUAUAAUGUGCCAUAUCCCACUUUUAUAACCUCCAGAUAUCUAUAUGAGAAACUUGCGGUUCUUACAUAGUAGCAAGUAACUACUACUAGGUACUCAAGGAUGCUCUUCUAGAGAUAUGUAUAAGAAGCAUCAACACUUUUAAGUUGAUGAACAAUUCCGUUCACCUCACUAAAUACAUAGUAUUUUGUGCCCAGGUCGGUCAAGUAAAUAGUAGAUUUAAAUUCCAGAAAGUAAAUAACUAUUGAUUGUUGCUAACAGGCUUUAGGACUUUUCUUCAUUUUUUUUUUCAAUGCCUUGAAUUGACAAGUCCGCAACCGGACAACGCUUGACUUCAAUUAUUGAUGUGCCAUAUAAUAC